AUGACCAAGACGAAAACGUUCCGAGACACCAUCAGGCCUAUACUUCUGUUGAACACCAUGGCUGGAAUGGGUUGCUUCAUAUACGCUGAAACUACGCGAACGAGAAAGCUCAUGGGAAUUAUUUAUUCGACGUGUUACGUGCUGUUCAUUUUAUACAGUGGUCGCUGGGUCUCCCUGUACCUGGGUAUUUAUUAUUCUACGUCGACGGUGAAUUCGGAAUCGUUCAAAACUGGGUACUACAGCCACAUGUUUUUGUCCAUCCUGUUGAUAGUCACGGUCAGGAUCAGAACGAACAAACUGUGCACGAUGAUCUCGCUGUUGAACACCUGCGAUCAAAAGAUGGAGACCAUAGGGAUGCCCAAGCAGAUUGCCCUGUACCGGAAACAACAGUUCUUAUGUAUCGUUAUCGUGACUUCUGUUGUCGCCGGAAACGUGGCAAACUGUUGUAUUUCGCAGCUGAAUACAUCGACGCCAACAAUCGUCAAAUUAAUGAUGGCAUGCGGUAUCAAUAUGCCGGCACUUGUGGUAACGGUAUCCGACGUUUCCUUCUAUUUCUGGGUCAAAUUCAUGGAGAUGAAGUUCCGUCAAUUGAACGAUCUACUGAGGGAGAUGUUGACUAUAAAGCCCUGCACGCCGACACGCGCCAGAGUCGUGGACAUGAUCUACGAUUUCGAGAAGAAAGAAUUCCGUGACGAGAAAGUACUCGCCGCGAAUGGGAACGCGAACACGAUGAGGGCGGUAAAACAAAUUCAUCUGCAAUUGAUCAAGAUCGCCAGAACGGUGAACGAAUACUUUGGGAUACAGAUCCUCCUGACAAUGUGCACCUUCAUCUUUUACAUUAUUACCCUGCUGUUCGUCAUUUACAAGAUCCUUGCCAAUAACAGCUUUCAUCCAGAUAUUAUAUCUCUGGUUUUCGCGCUGAUAAUGUAUACGUCGAAGAUCUUCCUUCUGAGCGACGUAUGUAACAAAACCACUUCUGAGGUCUCCGACACAGGCGAUCUGAUUUGCAAGCUUUACGAACCUUCGACCUCCAAAGAGUUUCGUGCUGAGAUUCGAGACUUUACCCUGCAAAUGAUCCAGAAUCCGUUGAUGUUCACCGCGUGCGGGUUCUUCGAUUUGGACAACACGUUUAUUCAAGGCGUCGCGGGAACAAUCGGCACUUAUGUAGUGAUCCUGAUUCAGGUAGGACAAAUAGAUCUGCCCGAUCCACGCGAGACGAAUACAACCAUGACCACGACAACGGUCACGACGAUGGCGUAG